AUGUCCGCUUGUCCUUCACUUGUUCCUGCUGCUAGAGCAAUUCUCUUCUCCCUUGACUUACAACUUUGCAGACUUUUCAUCAUAGUGUUGACAAUCUCUGAUACUAAGCAGCAGGAUUCGCUGCACAUCUUCACUUCCCCUGGCCAUCAAGUUCCCCUACGUAACGAGCGAGCCCCGUCGGCUUCAGGAGAAUCCACGGACAAUGCCAUAUGGAUCUCCGAUGAUGACUCCUCUGACACAGAAGAUGAGGACGACGUUGAGAAUCAUGAUCUCAACGGGUCGCAAUCAGGCUACACAACACCUACAACGGCUAGCGUCGUAGAUCAUUUGAAUAGUAUGUACACCAAACACAGUGAGACUGAGUCUGAUGCUGCCAUGGUCUUGUCUAGUGAUCCCGAAUCGAACCAGCAAGCCCUCCCUCCGACGACUUACACACCCACUGGAGACACAACGGCUGGUGCAGAUACUGACUCUGACAUCUUGUUAAUUGGACCUGAAACCCAGGCAUGCCUGGGUGCAUCAGACGGAGAGCUUGUGACCAAAGCUACUGGGGCUACCAGCGAGCUUGACGUGGUGACCGUUGCUCUCUCUAACGAAGAGUCCUGUUAUCGAUUACAAAAUGUUCCCGUGACACCUUCGGAGCUCAUAUACUGUCCCGUUGUUGCCACCACAGAGGUGAUGGCUCAGACGCCGCUAUACGAUAGCAAAGUGCGCCCAGGCGCCGAGCGCAAUGAUGCCACUCCUGCGCCCCGCAGUUCAUCUCCUAGACUGAGGCUAUUGCCCGAAUCACGACCAGAACAGGGUCAAGACCACAAGAGCUGCUCGCCCAGAGACACUGAGCUAUACCUCUUGGAGGCUGAAUUUGGAUCGCUACCCGCAGCUCGAAUAUCUCCUCCGUUUCAUAAGGACAGCGACGCAGACACAGAAGGCUCUGGUAGUGAAGAUGACCUUGACGUUCAAGAAUGCAUUCAUGUCGAGGAGUAUUGUCCUUCGCUGCCAGAUUCCCCGGGACAUCAUUCUGAUUCUGAAGACGAUUCCGAAGAACUGCAUUGUCGUAAGCGUCGUAGGGUAACCCGAUCCCAGCAACUAUCGACAAGACGUACUGCGCAGUUACCCAAAGGGCGCCGAGUAUCAGUACGCGGCAGUGAGAGUCCAGCACUAUCACAAACAAGUUCGGUCCCCUCCGACGCUGGCACUUUUGCUCGAUUUGAGGAAUGGCCUCUUAGUAAUGUUUUUUUGAAGCGUAUUACCGAAGGAGACAUGACGACGUUUCAACUGCAAUUUGAUUGGACUCCUGACCCAAGUCAGCCGCAUGAUGACAGGUCCAUAUCGCGUUCUAAGGAGGGCAGAGGUCCCCAUAAGGGUUCGCUUUCGGGGACAAGAUCAUCCGGUGGGAAAUGGACACUAGAAGAAGAGAACAAGGUACGCACGAUGAGGCAAGGUGGCUGUUCUUGGGCCGAGAUCCGGCGCGCCCUUCCACAUCGUUCCCAGGGCACGAUCUAG